AUGGAUAAAUUUUUGAAGGCGGCGGGAAACCUCCUGCCAUAUCAUCUUCUCGCCUAUGGCACCCUUCUCGGAACAGAGCUCUACCAGGCAAGAAACCUCUCAAUCGUUCAACAGAUGAGCUUCGUCAACACAAAGAUCUGUUACAAAGCUCUUCCCAUGAAGGAAUUCAUCAUACUCCAAAAGCGUCUGUUUCCAGUAUAUUUCGGGGCCCAAGUUGGACUCACAGCGCUCACGGCCGCGACAUAUCAGCCCUAUAGCAUUUUUUCACUGAUCAAAGAUCCGUGGAGCGCAGCUCCUCUUGCCGUUAUCGCCUUGACGGGCUGUUUGAAUUGGUUCCUCUACGGACCACGGACUACUACUGCCUCUUUAGCCCAUCGAGCCAAUCGCAAUUUCGCGCAUAAUCAUGCAAUGGUGAUUCAUUUCAAUGCAAUUGCAAUGUUAGCGACUAUCUUCUAUGGAUUUUCGCUGUCUGCUAGGCUUUUAGAAGGGCCAAAUAUGUAG